AUGAUGCCUUCAGGGCUCUCUCUAUCUCUUGUGGACACAGCCGAGCUGAAGCUGCCCGACCUGAACAGGGAGUUCGUAGUCCAAGCUGACGCGAGCGACCUGGGAAUAGGUGCGGUGCUGCUCCAAGAACAUGAGGACGUUCUUCGGCCAGUGGCCUUUGCCAGCCGGUCGUUGACGUCCGCAGAGCGUAACUAUUCCGUGAACGAACGCCGCGGAAUAGCGUUCGCUCUGCGUAAGUUCGAUCACUACGUCGACGGAGUGCCUUUUGUUGUUGAAACGGAUCACAUGGCGCUCACCUGGCUGAAGCGCUUGCGCGAGCCCUCAGGCCGCCUCGCGCGCUGGGCAUUGACGUUACAGCGAUACAACUUUGGUGUUCGCUAUCGGAAGGGGAACACAAACGUGGUGGCCGACGCCUUGUCGCGCGCCCCCAUUUCAGACCCGGACACCUUUGACCGGCACCCCUCCGCGACAACGCUUCUGAACGAAGCCGGAGCCCUUGUCUCCAAUGGCACGGAAGGAGCGAGUUCAGGCGGCUGUGCGGCCUAUAAGCCGCCGUCGCCGGGCGAAAGUGCGUACCUGCUGGUCCCUGUAACGUCCAUGGGUAUCACAUUCAGCAGACGGGAGCUGCUGGAAGCUCAGCGGAACGACCCAUUUUGUCAGCAAAUCACUGACGAGCUCGAAAAAGAGCACAGCUCCGAAAGGGAGCGAGGCGGCAACGCCGAUGGGCGCCAAUUGACAGCUGGUAUUGCUGUUGGCGCCGGGUGCGACGCAGCUGGUGUUGCUGCAGGCACGUUGGAUUCGUAUCUGCUGGAUGGAGUGCUCCUGCGCUACAUCCCAUCUGAAGAGGCUCCUAAUGAGUCCUUUAAGGUGGUGAUCCCCCGCAGUCUACGGAGGGCCACGUUGAGCUAUUUCCAUGACUCGUGGUUGGCCGGACACGCGAGUGGCCGUAAGACUUCUAAGUUGUGCCGCUCCGCAACCUGGCCAGGCAUGAAGCGUGAUGUACUUCAUUAUUCUCGCUCGUGCCGCGUGUGUCAGAGUGUGAAGCCCCGUGGUGGCAAACCCCCCCGGCCUCAUGCAGCCGAUCGACAGCCAGCUACCCUGGCAAAUCGCGGCCUGUGA